AGUGUUUCUACUUCUUUAAAAGUUUAGAAUAAGAAAAAUCUCGCGACGGGUGAUAACUAACUUACGGUUUCAAAAUGCCCACCACCAAUAAUUCCAAAAAACCACCGUCGCGGCAUAUGAGUAGACAAAUGAGUAGACAGGAUGAACUGUUCAAUUUUCAACAAUAUUUAAAGGUUCAAGAAGACAAACUUAGUACCCGAGAGAGAGUUUGUAAGUUUAUUUAUGAUCCAGCUACUAGUCAAUUCUUUGGUCGAACAGGAUCCAGUUGGUCCAAAAUCGGCACAUUCUACUUGGUUUUCUAUGGUUUACUUGCGGCCUUAGUAGCAAUAUGUAUGUGGGUAUUUUUCCAAACAUUGGAUCCUCGUAUUCCAAAAUGGCAAUUAGAUAGAUCCAUCAUAGGUACAAAUCCAGGAUUGGGUUUCAGACCUAUGCCAACAGAUAAUGAAGAAAGUACCUUAAUUUGGUUCCAAGGAUCGAACAGAAACAAUUAUCUAAAAUGGGUUGACAAUUUAAAUAAGUUUUUAGACAAAUAUUAUGUACCAAGUAAAAUAGCCAAAGGUAACGGACAGAUAAAAACAUGUACUCAGUCAGAUUAUCCUCAACAAGGAGAAGUGUGUGAAGUUGAUGUAAGAGAUUGGGGAGAUUGUAACAGGGAUCAAUUUUAUAUGUACCAUAAAAAUUCUCCUUGCAUCUUCUUAAAACUUAAUAAAAUUUACGGUUGGACUCCAGAAUACUAUGACGAUCCCAACAACCUACCAAAUGAUAUGCCUAACUCUCUAAAGGACCACAUCAGAUCCAUUAACAAUACAAGAGAUCGUCAAAAUAUUUGGAUAUCAUGUGAGGGAGAAAAUCCAGCUGAUAAGGAAUAUUUAGGAAAAAAGACAUACUAUCCCAAGGGUUUACAAGGAUUCCCUGGCUACUAUUUUCCAUAUUUAAAUUCAGAAGGUUAUCUUAGUCCACUUGUAGCCAUCAAGUUCGAAAGACCAGUGUCUGGAAUUGUAAUAAAUGUGGAGUGCAGAGCCUGGGCUAAAAAUAUCAAGUACAACAGACAAGAUAGAAUGGGAUCUGUACACUUUGAAUUGUUAAUUGAUUAAAAUGUUGUUUAAAAUAUUUCAUACAUUUAUUCAUAUCAAAAAUUAUACUAUUCAUCACUUCCACUAUUUAUACAGAUAAUACUCAUAAUCGAGCUAUUUUAAAAAGUACUGUAAGAAAUUAUUGCCUUAAAAUUAUAAUAAAUUAAGUAUAAGUUGUUGUCCCGUUUGCACCAACUAAUGGUUUCAAUUCAAUCUCACACUUUAAUCUCAGAACGACCAGCACUUAAUCCUAAGUAACAUUUUUACCUAAGCUAAACUUUUACAGUUUAAGUGAUACUUAGCUAAGUAUUUGUCGGUGUAAACGGCCUUAAAUAUUUUAUCUUAUUCUUUUUAGAUAACUAAAAACAAUAAUAUCGCCAAUAAAUAUCAUGAUAUUUAUUAAGGGCGGGGGUAGUUUGCCGUUCUUAAAAAGUUCAAAAACCAAAAAUUAAAUUUUUUUGAUUAAAU